GGCUGUCCUUCCGAGCUUGUCACCGCGGGAGGUGUCGCUGAGGGUGGCAAGCGCUGCAGAUCCCCUCAGGAAAUCCCCACAGGCGGCAACGCCGCGCGGUGAAACCGCAGGUAACCACCCAGAGGAGGAGGAGAAAUAAGGAAAUAGCGGCUCUCACCCUGCGGGGACGGUGCUGAAGUCCCGGGCCGGCUGCAGGGUGGGCUGGGCUGGGCUGGGCUGGGCCGGGCCCGGCUCGGCCCUCCCAAAUCCCGGUGCUGCUCAGGAGCCGGAACCCUGCCUGCCCCCCUGGGAACUCUGGCCUGAGAGCUUGGAUAAAAAGCUCCCGUUUGGCUGUCUUCUUGUUUUAACAUGAUAUUUAAUAUUCUGCCAAUGUUACUUUGCGUUCUUUCAAAAUGAAUGGCGAAGAGGAAACGUGGGAAAAACUAGAUGCAGAAUUUGAUCACUGCGUUGUGGAUAUGAAGCCUCAUGUUCUAAAGCUACAGCAUAGGUCAGAACGACAAAGAUGUGCACUGUGGAUUAAAAAACUAUGUGAACCCUCAGGAGCAGGUACAGGAGUAGCGGGAAGGAAGAAUCGGAACUUAUAUGCAAAACUUCUUCUCCACAUGCUAAAACGGGGUUUGCUAGAAGGUCCUUUUACACACAAACCAGAACCAGGAAUACUGAAAACUUUACCUUCGUACAUGUCGAUUUAUUUUGAUGAACCAAAUUCACCAAGAGUUCAGAGUAGUAGCCCUGAGUGCUUACCUGACUGGGUAAUGGGAGAACUAGGAAACAGUGAAUCCAAACAUGAGGAAUUGUCGAAAAUAUCUUCUAAAGAAGAAUCAUCUUUAGCAACAUCAGUUACAUAUGGGGAGAGAUUCACGUUCAAUGGGAAGCCAACAUUAAGAUCACAGUCUAUGAGUCCUCCUCACCAGACAGAUGAAGAUAACCUAGCUGCAUCGCUGUCUGACCAUCAUAAAAAAAACACUGCUUUGGAUGACAGUGACCUCGAAGCACGUCUCAACAGUUGGAAUCUCGGGCUAGAAAAUCCAAGAUAUUUGCGGGAAAAACCGAAGCCAGUGUCUUUGAUGACAUCCAAAAUUGGCCUAGGAAAAAGUAGCAGUUCUCGUGAUGAACAGGCGCUAUUUCAAAUCCAUGAGAAAGAACUGGAUGUGAAAAUGAAAAUAUUGGAAGGUAAAUUUCAUGAAGAAAAAGUUAAAUUACAGCAGAAGCAUGAUACUGAUGUUCAAAAGAUUUUGGAUAGAAAGAAUGAUGAAAUAGAGGUAUUGAAGUCCCUCUACAAAACCAAACAAAAUGAAGCUGAGGAGACGAUUAGAAAACUGGAGAAAAAAGUUCAGACCCUUGUUCGUGAGUCACAAGUCAUCAGGGAAGCAAAGGAAAAGCAGAUUGUGGAGUUAAAGAAGAUGUGUGAGCAAAGCACUGAUUCUUUGAACAAUGAGUGGGAGAAAAGGCUUCACAAUGCUGUAGCUGAAAUGGAAAAAGAGAAGUUUAAUAUUCGGAAGAAGCACACAGAAGAUAUGCAGGAACUACUUGAGGACACCAAUGCUCGUCUUAGCAAAAUGGAGAAAGAUUAUCUGGAGCAAAUAAAGUCAACAAACCAGACGGUCAAAAAUCUUGAGGCUCGUGUGCAGCAGUUGACUGUUGAGGCUGAAAAUAGUAACUUACAGCGUCAAAAAUUAUCUAAAGAAAAAAUUGAAGCAGAACAACGUUACCAGGCGGUAUGCUCUGAACUUCAGGAAGUAAAAGCAAGGCACAGCUCACUUGAGAAAGACAAGGACCGUAUUGUACAGGAAUAUGAGGAGAACAUUCAGCAACUACAAAGUAAAUAUGAUGUUGAUAUAAAUUUUAUAAAACAGGAGCAUGCUCUCUCUGCAGCUAAGGCAUCUGAUGUGAUUGAAGAGUUGCAGCAUGGUGUGUGUAUAUUAAAACAACAGUUACAAGAUUCAGAACAUCAAAGACAGCAACAGCUGAGGGAUCAAGACUACAAACUUCAACAGGACAAACUUCACUUGGAGCGUGUAUAUGAAAAGCAGAUUCAUGGUAUCCGGAAUGAUCUUGAUAAAGAAAGAGGGGAUGCUCAAAAGAAAAUUCACAAGCUGCAAGAGACUUUGAAGGAGAAGGAGGAGCAGCUGACUCGGGUGACAGAGGUACAGAGGCUGCAGGCCCAGCAGGCAGAAGCUGCCCUGGAGGAGUUUAAGCGGCAGGUGGAGCUGAACUCAGAAAAAGUCUGUGCUGAAAUGAAACAGCAGAUGGAAAAGGUUGAAGCAGAUCUAAGCAGAUCAAAAUCGCUCCGGGAAAAGCAAUCCAAAGAAUUCUCCUGGCAAGUGGAAGAGCUCAAGCAAGGAUAUGAGCAACAGAUAGUGGAGCUGAAGCUGGAGCAUGAACAGGAGAAGACGCACCUAUUCCAGCAGCACAACGCAGAGAAGGACUGCCUGGUCCGAGACCAUGAACGGGAAAUCGAGAAACUGGAAAAAGAGCUUCGCGCUGCCAUGGCAGAGCAUGAGAGUAAAACUCAAGAAUGCAGGAAACGAGAUGGACAGGUCAUGUGUGAGAUGGAGAGCCAAAUCCACAAGCUGAGGGAAGAACUUAUUCAGGUAAAUGCUCAGCACAAGCAACAGCUGAUGGACAUGAGCCUUCAGUGGGAAGAGGAAAAGCAGAGGGCAGCUCGAGAUCAUGAGAUGGUGGUGAAUAAGCUGAAAGUGGAGGCAGAAAAAAUGUUGCUCAACCUGAAAAAGGUGCAUGAUGCAGAAACACAGAAGGCCUUGGACAAGGCAAACAGCCGGCUGAAGCAGGUUGAAAAGGAGUACAGUCAGAAGCUGGCUAAAUCCUCGCAGAUCAUAGCUGAACUUAAGACAACCAUUUCCUCUCUGACAGAGGAGAACAGCCGGCUGCAGCUUGCCGCGGAACAGCAGCUCCAGGAAGUUGUACAAAAGUUUGAAGAUAAGAAGCAGCAGCUGAUUACAGAUAAUAACAGAGCAAUCAAGGCCUUGCAGGACGAAGCGGAAAGUUACCGCAGCCAGGCGCGCGCUGCGGAGAAGAAGCUGCAACACAAGGAGCUGCAGGCCAACAUGCAGUUCCACGGCUGCUCCCACGACUUUGCCAAAGCUUUAUGUAUGUGCUGGAGAAAUGACAUGGAAGGAGUGGAAUUUCCUCCAUCUGGCCAUGGUGAGCCACAGCAGGAAGUCUGCUUCCAAACCAGCCUCGUCCCUGGCGCACGAGGACUUCCAGCUCAGGUGCCUCAUAUAACUGCAAAAGUUAUCAAACUGUGCUGCCAGGGCCCGUGCCUCAAAUCCUGGUGAUUAAAACUCGAUCCUUGGAUCUCCAGACUUUCUCAAAGAGUUGUCUUUCUCAGAACACGCUGGAGUCAUCUAAAACCAGGUUCAUAAGCUGUAGUUAAGGCGGAUGGUUGGACUUGAUGAUCUUAAAGGUCCUUGCCUAUCUAAAUGAUUCUGUGGUCCCAGGUUGGGCAUUUAAAACAAAAGCAUUGCUUUGUGGCCAAUCUGCAGGUGAAGAGGAUUCAGACAGUAUUUGUCGUGAAGCACUGCUGGGCCCUUUGGAAACUGAGAAACAAACAGUAAGCAUGCACUGGAGGUGGUGAUGAAAUUCUGCCAUUUGCUCUGGUUGCUUCAACCCACGGCGUUGACAUCCUUCCAGAAUUUUCCCCCAGAGACCCGUUUGUGCUCCCACAGAAAUGGGAAGCUCAGUGUAGAUCUGAACGAUCUUAACCACAGAAGCGAUUCGCAGCGAGGAGCCCUGGCGCUGGCUGCAGAGCAGCUGCCAGUUAACCCCUCGGGCAGCCUGCGCUGGCAUCGGGGCUCGGCGGGCUGUGCUGCAGUGGGGAGGAAGGUGAGAAUCCAAAAGAAGUUUCUACUGCGACUCGCAAGAAGAUCGACACCGAAUAGUGUCACGUUCAAGCAGCUCCUGAGGUUUCUGCAUGCGACCAGCACGUACCGGGGAGGCUGCGUUUGGAGAGCGCUGCGUGCUGAGGGAGGGUGUCCCCCUUCCAUGUCCAUCCCUCCGUGCCCAUUUGUUCCUCUCCUUUCUGUUUCAUCUGUUGAUCUGCCAGCACCCCGAACAGGAGGGUACUGCAUACUUCAGCCCUUUUCCUUUCAUGAAGCAUUUCAAGAAAUGUAUACGUUUUGUGAAAAAUGUAAGAGCAGCCCGAAUGGCGUAGCUCCCCGCGGGCUGGCACCUGAAGAUCUGCUGAUUUGAUGUCUGCAGACAGCAGAUUUCUUUUCUGACUACAUUCAGUGGGCAAAUUUAAAGUUUAAAAUAUUUUCAUUGAAAAGAAGUUGUUGGAGGGCCGCAUACAAGCAGCAAAGAAUCUGAAAUAAGUGAGAGCAGCUGGUCAGUCUGUUUGGCAUAUGCAGACGAAGACAUCUAUUUCUUACAUUUUCUUUCUUAUUUGGCACUUCCUGAUGGAGGCUGUUCAGGAAGAAUGACGCUGACCCUGGUUAUAUUUCAUGAAGGACCUUUCAUGGAUAUAGGUGCAGCUGUAGGUGCAUGGCAAUGCUGACUAUGGUACCAUAAAAUCAGUACUGUCAUUAUUUGGAGCCUGAUUCUACGACUUCUAUCUCAGUUCAUGCCUACCAUACAUGCAAUUCUGCUGAUAUAUUCAUUAAUCACUUUGAUGCAAUAGUGCCCCUCCAAUCUUUAAUUAAGACUGAGGUUGUUACAAUAAAUCAGAACUUUGCAUUUGCCAUAUUUUGCAGCUUGUAUAGCAUUUUCUGUAACAGCCUACUAUGAAAGGGAAGCAGAAUUGAGCAGAAUAUGGCAUACUGUACAGCAUAAAGUUUCAAAAUAGCAGAAGGAAGAAGCAGCUCGGAUUCAAGCACAGAAAAACAAAUUUUCAGGUGGGAUUUGAAAGGAACUGGAAAUCAAUAGAGUUGAAAGUUACCGGGAGCUCCAUAUGGCAGGAACUGCGGGAGAGAAGGCUCUCACCAACUGUGAGACUGUCAAAGGGAAAAGAGGUAGAUGAUGAUGAUAAUGCAUGUGUGGAAGUCGGUGAUCAAAUGUUAGCUUUGGUAAUCAGACACAACUGGAAAAAACACAAAUGUAUGCCUACUUCAUAGGGCUGAAUGAAUUAUUGGAAUGAAGUGGCCAGCUGGAGAAAGAGAGUAACACAGAAAGUAGAGAACAAACAGUUGAAAGGAGAAAAAAUAUUUUCACCAAAGAAGAGUAGAAGCAUAUGCCAGCACGCAGGAAUUAGAGAGUAUUUUAACUUGACAGUUUUCUAGCUCUUCGUCUUAAAUAGGAGUGAAUGAGAAAGAAAGCUUACUUAUAUAAGAGCAGCACAUCGUUCUAGAGCAUCUGGGGUUUGCUUGCGCAUUAUCAAUUAAAGGAAUUUUGUUCCAUCAGAAGUGUGCCUGGGAUAGGUUUAAGUACAACUACAAAGGACAGUGAUGGUGGCAUUCAGUGCAGGGAACUAAAAGAGGAGAAGUGGCACUGCAUGGAGGAGCCAGCUGGAUGACAGCAGGAAAGAACACAGACCUCGCAUCUCCAGGGCAGGGUCUUGGUAAUGCCUGGUCAGUUAGUGAAUUACCCCGUUUACUUUUUCCAGGUGACAAGGUGCUUGGAUGGAACUGAAAAGGACUGAAGAAAGGCCAGCCUAAUGCCAAUCUUUAACAUCAUCUGAAUUUUAAAGUAUUGUGUUGUUUGCAGUUUGAUCAGCACCAAAUGCCAUCUUUGAGAAGUACGUCGGGGAGGUGCAGCUGCAGGUCUCUCCUGCGCUACCCCGCUCACCUGUGCUCAAAGUUCAUAGACUCUUACCAGCUGUGAUGCUUCCUAAAUCUGGCAGCUUGCUUCCCAGUUGAGAUGCUGGUUAAAUUUUCCUUCUUGAAAGAGGGGAAAUGGUGAUAGUAAAAGUAGCUUAUCUACAAAGAUGUGCGUGUUCACACAGACAGUGUGAAAAUACUGAGCUUAAUCCCGCAUGCUGCUGAGCUGUGUCAGCUCUUGCCGUCAUUAGUGAGCACUCAGCACCUCUCCUAUCAGAUACCAAAACCUUGACUUGCUGAACCACCCCGGGAUGGAAAGGAUUAUGUAGAAGGUAACACAUGCUGGAAUGUAAAGCUGAAAUGCAGAAAUACAUUCCCAUGGUAGUGUCAAAGAUGCUUAUAGCUUUAUUUCAGACUUAAUUAUCUUGAUAGCCUAUUAAAAAAUCUCUGCCAUUGACAGAGCCAUAAAUGAGUACCAUGUGUCUUCAGAUUUAGCCCCACGGUGCUGGUCGGUUCCCGGGCUGGUUUCGAUUCCUGCUCUUACACGAGGAGGACCACUUGUUGCGCAGUUAUGACCUCUCCGGCUGAUGAAAGGAUGGCACUGACAAGAGCCGAAGGAAAUACCGCUCAGGGACAGGGAUGGCAUCUGCAAUGAGUCAUCUCGAAGGGGGGGGAGAAGAAGUCAGGGAUCCUCCAAAUCCCAACUGGAACAAUAGAGGAGCCCUUCAGAGGGGGAGGUUGAGAGAACAGCGUGAAUUUUCUAGCCACAACAUUCCUGGUUGUUCCAUGGUGUUGACAGUGAAAGCUUUUAUUCCUCUCCAACUCGUGUAAUCCCAAGAAUGCUGUUCUUGCCAUAUGCAGCCCACUGCAUUUUUUUAAAAGUUUUGCCUGACUUCCCUUCCUUUGCAGUUAUGAAUUAUAUAGGCUCGCGAUGCCUAACUGCAAACAGGAUUUUCCAGGUGGGAGAUCUUGGUUAAGAACAGAAAGAUAUCAAAGGACAAACCCCUGAAGUAAUAAGGCCCCUUGAACGCAGGUUAGAAGAAACGAACCGAGCAGAAAGCUCAGUGUGCAGCGAGCAGCUUGGCAUAAGCGGUCCCUGCGGGUUAGUGAAACACCAAGGCAAGAAUAUUUUGGACGCUCAAAUGGUUUACUAGCUACAGACAGAAAAACAAAGGGGACAGCUAUGCCACCAAUUUAUGUUUUAUUGAAACUGUCAGAACAGACGAGGUUCUCCAGCAGUAUUUUCUCCGUGGAGAACAACAUGGUGCACACUCGACAAAAUAACUUGCUCAGCUGAUCUUGCUUAGUUCCUGUUCUCAGCCACACCGCUUUCAUGCAAUUUAUGGUGUUCAUUACUUUCCGUAAGAACUUGAGAACCGUUGUAUCAAAUUGCAUAAUAUUUCUUUAAAUCCGUAAGAACCAUAUUUCAACAUACAUUUCACAGUAAGAAUAGGAGCUCCCACUGACUGAAAUGAGAGAGGAUGAGGACCGAAAAGCAGCGGAUAUUUGUGUUUGCCUGUGUUGUGAAAUGACAACUGAAGUGGCCUUGUUCUCCAUUGAAAAAAAAAUUAAUACAUCACUCGAUUCUUCAUUAACAAAAAUCGUUUGAGAAGAUUUCAAGCCGUAAUUAUUCUUCUACAGCAGAACAGUGAGAGAACAGAACCUUAAGGAAAGAAGCUAGAGGUUUGGGUAUGUUUUGUUCCUUGGUUGCAGAGAUGGCCCAGCUUUCCCCAGGUGGGCCGAUGGAGGAAGGCGCCCAUACAGUUCUCCGCAGUCUGGGGGGAGCAGAGCUGAAUU